CAACCGCCAUUAAACAACAGAAGAAGAAGAAGAAGGAAGCGUGUUUGGUAAGACGUCUUCUGACAUCUAAAGAGACAGAAACAGGUUUAAAAAUAAAAUGUCGGCGUUUCUGAGGACCAUGGUCAGCCGCGUUGYUCCAGUCCUGCGGGGAAGCAGCGUCACGCAGACGGCAACCAUUUACAGCAAACCGGCGAAGGAGAAGAUCGGCGCGGUUGAGAGUACGAUCGUGAUGGCCAUCUUUGCCCUCACUUUCCUGGGACCAUCUGGAUGGAUCCUGUCCCACCUGGACGACUACAAGAAUCAUAAAUAAAAUCCUCCAGUGUCUCCGUCUCGUCCCGGGACCAUCAACCGUAAUGAUCCGUCACAGAGAAGAACCGGGAUCAAGUUUUGUCUUCUCGCUUCUACCUCUGUAACAGUUCAACUUAUCCCUGUUGCAGCUUUUCUUCAAACGAUGACUCUGAAACAUUGGAUACUUUGAAAAUUAUUUUGUACAUCUUCCUCGUGAGGAAUGUGUUACAGAAUUAAAAUUUAAACCUUAAAGAUU